AUGUCUGACUCUGAGACCAUUGAACUGGCUUGUCUUGGCCAACCGUUUCAGUUGGGAAUGCUGUAUGAUUGCAGAAAGGAUUCUCUCAUUCCAGGAAUAACUCUCUGGGACUCUGAGAUGCUGCAGAAGAAUAUUAAUGUACAUACACAGCCAAACACGGACUUCAAAAUCAUCGCUUCAGAUUUGAGUGAAGACAAAGCAGAAGCUUUGAAUGUCUCUGCAUCUCUUGAAGCCAGCUUUUUAAGUGGAUUAGUCAGUGUGAAAGGCUCAGCUGACUAUUUACAUGACAAGAAGAAGUCCAAAAAUCAGUCUCGAGUCACGUUACGGUAUCGGACAACCACACGUUACGAGCAGUUAACUAUGGAGCAUCUUGGAAAAGGCAACGUAAAGCACAGCGAUGUAUUUAAAGAGGCUUCGGCCACACAUGUUGUUACAGCUCUUCUGUAUGGAGCUAAUGCAUUCUUUAUUUUUGAUCGUGAGGUUUCAUCCAGUGAAAGCCAUCAAGACAUACAUGGCGAACUCCACGCAACAAUCAAAAAGAUUCCUACAAUAUCAAUUGAGGGUCAGGCAUCUUUGACCAUGAAAGACCUGGACAAAGACAAAAUAAACAAGUUCAGUUGCACUUUCCAUGGAGAUUUUGCUCUGAAAAAUAAUCCAGUUACUUACGAAGACGCCAUCAAGGUGUACUCAGAGCUGCCGGAACUGUUGGGGGAAAAAGGAGAGAAUGCUGUGCCCAUGACCGUGUGGCUUUAUCCUCUGAAAAAACUUGAUUCAGCAGCUGCUCAGAUAGUCAGGGAGAUCAGCGUUAGCCUGGUACGACGAGCCCAACGGAUCAUGGAUGGACUGGAUGAUUGUGACAUUCAGUGUCAAGAUCUGAUGAGGGACAAUGUCGCCAUCCAGUUCCCUGAAAUCAAAGCCAAGCUCAGAAACUUUAAGGACCUCUGCUCAGAGUACAAAGUCAUUUUUCAGAAACAUCUCUGCAGGCUUCUACCAUCUAUAAGGGGUGGAGGAAAAGAAGAACAGGAGCUGUCAGAUUUUCUGAACAGAAAAGAAAUGUCCCCAUUUCAGGGUGUUCUGAUAAACAAGUACCUAAAUGAGCGAGAGCGGGAGAUCACUGUGGUUGGAUCUUACCUCGACGUCAUGAAAGAUAUCCCUGUUCUCUCAACCAGCAAUGCCCAGGACAAGAUUGUCUUGAAAGCAUCCAAUGACUAUGUGGUAGCCUUUGCACUCUCCUCCUUAAAUGAAAAGGAACACUACCGUCCAGACUUGAAGAAUUACCUUAAACAACAAUCAAGUGACAAAGGGGAACAGCCAAGCUAUGACCAAAGCUCGACAGAAAGGGCAAAACAAUGGUUUUCUUUGGAAGAUGUAAUGGCACAGAACAGGGAAAACAUACAGGCCUUCGUAGAUUUCAAAGAAGCCAAUAAAGGAAGAAAGAACAUUGAAUUCUGCAUUGUAUCGAUCCCAGAUGAACUCGGCACUGCCUCUUCAAUUCGUGUUUAUGAACGAGCAAAACUCAUCAGCUCAGAGUACGAGCUUCCCUCAAAACCUCCAAUGCCCAAUUUCUUGAGUGCCGAGCAUGACUGCAUACAUCUGCAGAUCACGCCUCCUGACCACGGCGUUAGUUGUGUGACCUUGUACUGUAUUUCAUACAAGUCUGCAGAGAGCUCUGAAUGGACAGGGGUGUACACUGAUGGGAUUUCUGAUCAGGUCACUGUCAAGCAGCUACAGCCGCAUAAAGAAUACUGUUUUACCUGUAAGGCAGUGUGUCGUCCAGGUGUGAGUCUGGCAAGUGACAAAACACAAUUCUUCAGGACCCUUCCUUGUGCUCCUCCAGGAGCGCCCACAGUCAAAAGAGUAGAAUCUGAGUCUGCGACAUUAACUUGGGAUGUCCCUAAAUCUGUGGGCGGAGAUAUUAUGGUCACUGGAUACGUGUUGGAAUUCAGAGAACGGCCAAAGGAUCAGGAAACCGAAAAGCCAUGGGAAUCUGUGAAAUCUGCAGGCAGGGUUUACACUUUUCAGGGACUGAAAGCAAACACAGACUACACAGUCAGAGUUUUUGCAAACUGUGGAAGUGAUGGAGCGAGUCUCCCCAGCCCUGAAACUGGGUUUUCUGCAUGUCCAAAGAGCAAACCGUCAGACGAGGCUGGAAGUGGAUUGUUCCUGGAUCAAUCUUCAAGCAUACAUAAGGGGAAUCCUUCGAUUUAUAAACUGGCACUACACAAAAAAAUGAAAGAGAAUGAAGCGUUUGAUCAGUAUGUCUUUGGAAAACAGGUGGAGGAUGUGAAAAACAAAGUCAUUCUUCUUGUAGGAGCGACAGGUGCAGGAAAAACCAUGCUCAUCAAUGUGAUGGCUAACUACAUACUGGGCGUAAAGUGGGAGGAAGCGUAUCGCUUCAAACUGAUCCACGAAGAGACUCAUCGCACGCAGGCCGAGAGUCAGACAUCUAUCGUCUCAUCUUAUGAGCUCUACAGUCAGCCUGGCUUUAGAAUUCCCUACUCGCUCACAAUCAUAGAUACACCCGGCUUUGGUGAUACGAGAGGAAUCGAACAUGAUAAACGGAUUACAAAGCAGCUGAAAAGCUUUCUUUGUAGCCCUUUGGGAAUCGAUCACAUUGAUGCCGUCUGCUUCGUCGUCCAGGCCUCUCUGGCUCGCCUGGGUGCCAAUCAGAGGUACAUCUUUGACUCAAUUCUGUCCAUUUUUGGCAAAGACAUCGGAGAGAACAUCAUGCUUAUGGUGACGUUCGCAGAUGGUGAAGAAAUCCCAGUCCUGGAAGCCAUCAAAGCAGCAGAUCUGCCCUGUCAAAAAAAUACAAAGGGAGAGCCCAUCCAUUUCAAGUUCAACAACACAGCUGUGUAUGCAGACAAGAACGUAAAAGAGCCUACAGCCUCUGACAGUGAUUCAGAUGAAGAUGGUGAAGACAAUGGUAAUAAACUGUACAACAUUGUCUGGACAUCAACUUUCAAACAGAUGAAGGCCUUUUUCAAGGCACUGGGCAAAUCUGAAAAUAAAGAUCUGACACUGACCAAAAAAGUCCUGGAAGAACGAGAGCGCCUCGAAAAAGCCAUGGCAGAUCUGACCCCUCAAAUCACUGCUGGCCUCACUGAACUGAGAGAAAUUAACACAAUUAAGGAACGUUUGAAAAAUGAGAGAGAUAGCGUAAAACAAAGUGAGAAUUUUGAGCAAGACAUUGAGGUGUUGAUACCAAGAAGAAACCCCAUAGACAGUUUUGCCCUGAAUUGCAACUUAUGCUUAUACACAUGCCACUCCACCUGCUUCCUCCCUGCAGAAGAUUCUGUGGAGACUUGCGCUGUGAUGGAUGAAUCUGGGCGCUGUGUUAUGUGCCCUCAAUUAUGCUCUCACACUUUCCAUUUAAAGGAAAAGGCAAAGUGGACAUAUGUUAAAAAAAUUGAGAGAAAAAACAUUACCGAGCUGAAAGAUAACUUAAUGAAGGCACACGGAAGAAUGUUGAACACGCAGGAUAUGCUUGAUGACCUUGAAAAGAAAUUAACUUCAUUUAAGGCCGAACUGAGGAAGCUAAUCAAAAUGUCCUCUGAUUGCUUGAGACAACUGAAUAAAAUUGCACUGAAGGCCAGCUCUCUCUCCACUGUAGAAUACCUUGAAAUCUUGAUCAAAACGGAGAAGGCGGAGAAACGUCCUGGAUUUGAAGACCGCAUUGUUGAACUCGAGAGGAUUAAAAAAGAAAUUCUUCUUCAGGAAGAGAUCGCAAAAGGAGAUUAUCCGUGCAUAGCGGAAAAUUCAUCGACAUAUUAG